GAAAAAUGCCCGCGUGUAGCUAGCUGAGACAGGAGCGCUGGCUCGAACUAGUGUCAGCUCCCACAAGCAAAGCGGUCGCGUACUGUCACAACAAUGCCAACGAACAAAACCACCUUGGUGAGAAGGAGGCUUGUGUAGUUCUUCGCCGUCUACUUUGUCUUCUCCUUCGAUGAUUUUUACUCUCGGAUUGUCGGCAAUGCAGGAUCUGUGUAGGCAUACUUCUUGGCGCGAGAGCGAAGUCUGAAAAGGGGUGCACCCAGCCAGUGUCACUGUCCGCGUGCAGUAGUGCUCGCAUCAACUCUACGCUAUGACCGAGGUACAGCAGCUACACCCUGCUCUUAGUCUUAGUCUUACUCCACUGGCAAUGCUUAGUCCGCUCGAGCUAAGUGCGGCAGUUGCGUAUGAUGAUGAUGCUAGUGAUGGCAGUGUUAGCCAAGACAUCAAGGGUGUCCCCAGCGAUAGCAGCUGGACCGCUAGCUGCAGCAGCAGCGGACGCAGCAGUCCCUGGAGCCGCAGCAGCAGCAGCAGCAGCGGCUGCACGUACGAGUACGACAGCAGCAAUGACCUGGAGGACGUAAUAAAGGGCUCGGGACUAAUGACACCCUCAUCAGUCGAUACUUGUGCUUCGGAGAGGCCGCUUGCAGAACACCCGUGUCGACUUCCUUCUGGUCCUCGCGGUGACGUGGUACUUGGAUCAAGAAGGGACCCCUUGACACGCACGGAUUGUCAGCGUCGAAUCAAGCAGGAAAGGUCCCCAGCAGAGUGGACUGAAGAGCUACUGCACGGGGUGCUGAUCGGACAUUCCGCGGAGUGUUUCGACGCGACAGACUUCAACCCGUGGUUGAGCGACCUGCUGAACAGCAAAGAAGAAGAAUUCUCCAGCAGUCUUCAAGGUUGUGAGGAGGAGAAAGCGACAUUGAUAGCGAGUGAGAGCGACAUGCUACAUAGUCCCCUGCACUGCACUCCACAGCAACAGCAGCAACAGCCACACCAACACCAACAGCAAUCAAACAUGACUAACGGACAUGGUGCUCACCACCCUCAUCCGGCUGACUCUCCGAUGGGUGCCAGUGCGUUGGUGAACCUGGCACACACCAGCACAGCAUUCCAUUCGGGAGGUGGGGAGUAUGUGCCGUCGUACGGAGUGUCCUCGCCGACCAACGUCCUCCUACCCGGUGGGGUGGGUGGUUGUAACUCUCCCGGUGCUAAUCACCUCGUCGGACCAGGACCUGUGUAUUCUGGGAGCCAUUCUGGCAGCCAUCUUCUUGCCAAUGCUACGACCCGAUCGGCGCCAAUGGCACAGGCAAUGGGUGCAGCCACCUACCCGGCGACAAUCCAGAGCGGACCGCCGGCACAGUUCAUGACGAGUAUGUAUAAGACGCCGUACGCCAGCCCACUGAACUCUACUCCGCUGAGUGCGCCACAACAACCGAUGCAUCCAACGAUGAGUCCGUACCUGCAGCCGACGCAGCACGCACUGCAAGCUCCAAGGAAGGAUAUUGCCUUCCCCGCCAGCCUGUCAGUACAGGGGAACCACGGAUCGUACACCACAACGGUAUCCACACGGGGAGUGCAUUGGAAUUCACCGCCGGCGUUGACCUCACCGAUAUCACCAUCAGACGGAGGGCAGCAGGAGAACCCGUUGGAAUUUCCGUCCAUUCCCACCGGAGCAUCUUCCAGCGGCAGUUAUGGAGACGAGAAGCCGACACCGUCCGCCGAUCACUUAAGGGCAUUUGCCAAGCAGUUGAAGCUGAAGCGCAUCCGCAAGGGAUUUACGCAGCACGAAGUAGGCCGAGAUCUCGGCCUCAUGUACCACCAGAACUUUUCGCAAACGACUAUUUGCCGCUUCGAAGCGCAACAGCUCAGUCAUAAAAACAUGUGUAAGCUCUAUGCCAUCCUCAAGCGCUGGUCUGAAGACGUGGACAGCAACACGAAACAGACACUGCCACCGAACAGUAAGAUAACCGGUAAGCAGCGCAAGAAACGAACGUCCAUUGCUCCGGAGGCACGCCGCCAUUUGGAGCAGUUCUUCCAGAAGAACAAGAAGCCGACGGCGCCGGAGAUUACAGAGUAUGCACGCGCAGUCAGUCACGACAAGGAGGUGGUCCGCGUGUGGUUUUGCAAUCGUCGACAGAAGGACAAGCGGAGUGGCGGAGUCAUACCAGCCGCAGUGCAUUACGGCAGCAGCAAUGGCAGCGCUUAGCCAUGUUUGCCCAGCAAAUGCUCUCAUCUGACAAACAAAAGAAUAUAAAACAUUUCGAAGUACAUGUACUAUAACUCCUCCGUUGUGAGGGAUGUGGGUCUGUGAUCAUUCAGCGUUCUAGUUUUUUUCAAUUUCUUCUCACUCUCCUCUGUUAGAAACAUCCUCGUGGAGGAGGUCUUGGCCAGAUAUCUCUAUGGCUAACAUUAUAGGUACCCAUUCUGUGAAGUUCCUCUGUUGUUUCGUUGACAGCUUUCAGUUCUAUUUUUUUCCCGCCCGUGCGUUAUGCACUGUAAACGCGUAUCUAUGCUGAGAAGGAUGGAACCUAAACUGCUUAUCAUAUUUUCAUGCGUUGCUUUUUGGCCUGGACGUCUUCACCGCAAAUUCCCCUCUAUAUUCCUCAUUAUAUUUUCUUUUUCCCUUUGCCAAGAAAGAAAUCAAGUAUUGGAACUACGA